GGUAACGCUGUGAUCUCCGGCUCGACUCGUUCCUCGGAGUGCGCUUAGACUCCUGAAAUACACGAGAAAAACACGCAGAUUCCACAAGACCCGGACACGGACCAAGAUGUGAGGGCUUCGGACGGGACUGUGAGCUGCGCGCGUCCUGAUGUGGUGGCUCUGGGGGGUAAUCGGAUUGGCUCUCUCCGUGUGGUACAUAGAAGCCGGAGCCAUCUCCAUCCAGUGUGGGCAGCGGACCCUGACCCGCGCCGUGCAGGACGACGUGCACUUCUCGGUGGCGGUGGAGUGCAAUGGCGCCCCCACCCUCCGCUGGAGCUUCAUGUCCGGGUCCGUCAGCCGCGACAUCGGGACGUGGCAGCCGGGAAACUUCACCAACAUCACGGCGGACUACAGCGACAGAGCGCAGGCCUUCGCCAACGGGUCCAUGCUCCUGUCCAACCUGCGGGUCCAGGACGCGGGCUUCUACGUGCUCACGGUGACCGAGGGCGGGGGCAGCAGCCGGGACGUGGGCUUCGUGCUCAAGGUGACAGAGGUGCUGUACGAGGACCUGCAGUACCUCUCGGUCUCGGCUCUGGCUCUGGGCUGUGUGGCUGCUCUGCUCAUGUUCUGCAUGUGGCUCCUGGACAGACUGUACCAUCGCGUCAGGGCCUGGAGAUGCAGGAAACGCAUGCCAGAAGCAGAUGAAACGGAGCUGCAGAUGCUCUGAGAACACCAGGCCCCUCUGCACACAGACUCAUGUGCUGAUUUAAUGAAGACUGGACUGACUUUGGUCGGCUACCAACAGUACAUACAGUAUGAAGGAAAGUGGGAUCUCUUGCAGUGACUGCUGUUGCAUUUGUAAAAAGUAUUUUCAAAGUUUUCUCAUGGACAUGUGUUGAUAAUAGUGCAGCUUCAGCCUGUCUACACUCUGGGUAAACAAACCCGGCACAGUUAGUACAGGAGCGGUGCAGUUCAAGGAGCAGCUGUGAGCGCAGUCGUUUGCAGCUCCAUCUUGUACACAAAGAUCCUGCCCUCCAUCUUGCUCCAGUGCACUUCUCUGUGCGACUCACUCAGGAGGCUCCAUGUGGAGUUCUGGACCACCUCACUCUUCUGAAGCUCUUUCUGGUUUCUGGGGAAUUGGACCAGCAUCUUACAGCUGCUCUCCGGACCGUUACUCACUGUGAGAUAGCUGAUACAACACCUAUGAGUGAGCCGUGUGGAGGUGAGUCUUACCUGAGAUGGUGUAGUCUCCACUGGGGGAGCCCACAGUCACUGCAGACGUGUGGCUCACACUCUCGAUGGGUCUCAGUCCCACUUAGUUACUGAAGCUGGGCACGAGCCAGACCAUGACUCUGACCAGCUGCUGCACGGUGUGAACCUGGUGCUGGAACAUCUGCGCACAAACACACACACACAAACACACACACACACAUAUACAUAUACACGUUCUUACCUGAGACAGGAGAAAGUCCCGCAGCUCCUGUGGGACAGUGGGACCACACGGCCGUCUGUAAGCACCACCUGGAGCUGCCCCACAGCUGGAUGGACCUGCCCAGGCACAGCACACAGUUACAUUUGGCCCAGAACAAAGAUAAUGAAGGCCUUCUUGUGGACACUGGGGGGCUUUUUAUAAUGUUAAGCAUUCACAGUGUUCUCUGUUCUUAUGUAAAUAUGACAGACAUGUGCUUGUUCUGCUCAGAGCAGGUACAACAAUGUAAAUAGUUUUACUUUACAAGCCACACUCAUGUCGCCCUGGGUAAACAGACUCACUAGCGCCCCCUGCCUAAAGGAAAGAAGCAGAGUCUGCCUGAGAACACACAGCACAGGAGGAGGGCUCCCAUCAUCCAUGUUUCUGUUUCAUUUGUAACAUUAAAAUGGUUUGU